AUGCUUGUGCUACUACUGGAAAGAAUCAUACUGGUAUUUGCCGACAGGUGUGGACAGUCGGGACACUUCAUUUCUGAUUGCCCACAGAAUGUCAAUCAGCCUUCUAGUCAAGCUCGGGUGUUCACCCUUUAUGCCAAUGAAGCUCAAAAGUAUCCGAAUCUGAUCAGAGGUAAUGUAAUCUUGAAUGAUUAUCCUCUUUCUGUUAUCUUUGAUUCUGGAGCAUCAGGUUCUUUUAUUGCGGGGCACACUGCAAUGAGAAUAGGUAUCACCCUGGCUCCCUUACCGUAUGAGUUGCAAAUCAGUACUCCUACUGGAGGAUCUUGUACCGCAUCAGAAAUCUGCAGGGGUUGUAUUCUGCAAUUUGAAGGAAGUACUUAUACAGUGAAUUUAGUGGUUCUACCGGUAUUAAGUCUUGAGGUGAUUAUCGGUAUGGACUGGUUGGCGGAGAACAGAAUAACUUUGGAUUGUCAAGCAGGAAAGGUCAUUGUUCCUUCGAAAGAUGGUAAUUUUAAGUCUUUUGCUACUAUUUCUUCAUUACAAGUUAGAAAAGAACUCCUUUGGGGAGCUGAAGGGUAUCUGUUGUCGAUUGAGUCUGAGAGUACGGUUGAUACUCAACUUCAAAAUAUUUCAGUUGUUAAUGAAUUCGAGGAGGUGUUCCCCGAUGAAAUUCCUUGA